AUGAUCCCCAAUUGUCACAUGUCACUCGUGUGACAGCUAUCCACGAUAGUUGAUGAUCAAAACAAUGGCGGAAAUCGAAUGGCCCUGGCAAUAUAGUUUCCCUCCGUUUUUUACGCUUCAGCCUCAUGCAGACACCAGAGCUAAGCAAAUAGCGGCCUGGAAAAGUCUGAUACUUGAAUAUUAUCGUAUCACGAAGCAGGCGAUCGUGGACAUACGCGAAGUGCACAUAAAUCCUUUAUUCAAUAAUACUAGUAUAAAUAGAAGAUUACCAUCCGAAGCUGUGCUAAUGAUAUUGGAAGAAUUAGGAAAAUCAGGAAAUGCGUCUCCAUUGGAUAAGACCAAACAGAGAUGGUUGAUUUAUUGGCAUACUUUAGAGGAAUGGGGUGACAUAAUAUAUAACUGGGCACAGGAGAAUGGCUUUGUCGGCUCUGUAUGCACAUUUUUUGAACUAACGCAAGGGGAAGACACAAUUGAACAAGAGUUUCAUGGUUUGGAUACAGAAGUACUAAUCAGAUCACUCAGGACAUUAGAAGCCGCCAGGAAGGCAGAGAUUAUUCAAUUUGAUGACAAUCAAGGUGUUAAAUUUUUCUAACGUUUGGAAAAUAUUAUUGUUAUUUGUCAAAAAUCGCACGAGUAUACAAGUUAUAUUUAACGUGCUCUUAUUUAAUAUAUGCGUUUAGAUAUAUAUAUAUAAUUUGUGGAAUAAAUUCUUGACAUUAGUGGAUUAAUUCUUUUAAGUGAUGUAAAGAAAGUAACAUUGCUCAUAAGUGCAAACAUUUAUUUAACACAAUAUCAGCAGUACAUUGUUUUUCUUUUUUUUUCUUAAUAAAAAAAAAACCAAAAUCUCGACUGCUAAGCUAACUUGGAAUUUGAAUGUGGGAACGCAUGAUGUAUUUCGAGUAUGAAAUUGAAUUGUAUCCAGUUACAUAGCUCUUAAGAUACAUAAAUCGUACACGGCACAUGUUUAGUCGAAACCGGAGAACAUUUCGAAAUUGCGAAAUAAAUACAAAGCUUUUUGUG